UUAAGUUAAUUGUUUUCUUUUGUUUUUCAUGUUCUCUCUUUGUUUUUGUUAAUAUCUAAUUUAAGUUCUUAGAAUUUAUUACUAAUUCUAUUCUAUUUUGUCUCCUUAUCUUUCGAAUUAACUUUAAUUUGAAUCAUUUGUGUUUGUCUUUUGUAAGUUUGGCUCACAAUGGUUUCAAUUGUUGACGAUGAAGAAAUUAAUCUUCACCAAGAACCUGUUCAAAUAAGAGAUGAUCUGGUUAAAACUGCAGUUGAUUUUCUGAGAAUACCCAAAGUUGCUGGUAGUUCGGUGGAAAAGAAGAAAAAUUUUCUCCGUUCAAAAGGUUUAAAUGAAGAGGAAAUUGUAUUGGCUUUUAAUCAAUCGGGUUUCUCAUCUUCACCUGAUUUUGAUUCUUUCAAUGAAAUUUAUUUAUCUCAAAAAUCCUCUGGUUGGUCAUCUCUUGUUAAAUUUUCCUUCUCAACUGUUUUUCUAAGUGGCAUUUGUUAUGGUGGUUAUCAAUUGUUUAAAAGAUACAUUCAACCAAGGAUUUUACGUUAUUUUAGUGAUAGACUUGAUUCAAUUGAAAGGAAACUGGACAAUAUGAUGGACACUGUUAAAAAAUUGGAAAAUGAAACGUCAUCAGAUAAACUUCAACAAAAUAUUCAAAUGGUGAUGAUGAAAACAACCCGACCCAAUGUAGCGGAAAUUCACGCAAUCAAUGAAUUAAAGACUGAAAUCUCAUCGGUAAAAGCGCUCAUAUUGAGUAAAAAUUCAAUUGCCGUUAAACCGGCCGCCGAUGCUUCAAUUCCAGCCUGGCAAUUAGAUGAGUCAACUAUUCGUGAUACUAAAUCAACUGAAAUGUCUGAAGAUUACACAAGUGAUUAGUGUUUAAUUGUUGAUAAAAUUUAAUCUGAGAAACUUUAAACAAUCAAUGUCACAAAGUUUGUAUGAGUGUCUUUUUUUUAUACAACAUUUUUUUUACUUAUUAUACAUAAAUUUAAUUUAAUUGUGA